CUUCCAGCCCUGCGUGGGCGUGUUCACACGUAUCAGGAAACCGCGUUAUCGUGGAAAGAACAAUGACAAGAAACGGACAAAAACGAAAGAAACCACAAACAUAGCCACGUUGGCCAUUCGUCUACCAGUUAGCCAUUUCCCAACUAAUUAGAACCUCGUUGCUCUUGUCGCGCCUAUUGUGCCUUUGUGCCAGAUCAUCGUAGAAAGUGUCGAAUAAAAAUGACGAAAAACAGUGCACCCGCUUCCAAGUCCGAAGGAAGUUUUCGUUUAGUGGAAUCGUUUUAAAAAUAUUCACGGGUUUUCGAUUUGGUAAAAAAUUGUGUCCAGGUGCCUUUGUGCGGCUCGUUUCAAUUCUGACAGAAUAUUUGCCAUUUAUUUUUGAAUCAAAGGUUAGCAAAAUUAUGAAAAAUAAUUGCACCUGUGCUUUCUCGUUAUUCUGAGAAAAACAUUCUCGUAGAAUCCCUCGUUUGAUGACAUCAUCGCACAAAAUCAUUGUAGUUUAUUUUUCCAUCGAAAAUUAUCGAAAAAAGUGGCAGGUGUGUUCGUAUAGUUUCUGUCAAGGGAAAUUGGAAGAAAUUUCCAUCGAUCCACGUGUUUACGCGUUUUCCACAAUUCUGGAAUUUCAAAGUAAUCGAACGUAUUGCCAGGAAAAAUUAAAUUCUGGAAAAAUUGGUUGCUGGAAAAUGGCAGACGAAGAGUCGAAGAGUCAAGCAGGGAAGUCAACGAAAAAUAGCAGGCCACCUGUCAAGGACUCCGUGUUGGAACUGAGGACGAGGAUGACUCGACUGAUGUCCAUCGUCGAUAUUACCCCGCACAACAAACUUCCGAUGGCGGGCCAAGAUCCAAAGUUUCAGAAGGAGGCCGCGGACCAGAACUUCGACUACAUGUUCAAGUUGCUGAUCAUCGGCAACUCGUCGGUUGGCAAAACGUCCUUCUUGUUCCGCUACGCGGACGAUUCCUUCACCUCGGCCUUCGUAUCGACCGUGGGCAUCGAUUUUAAGGUGAAAACGGUCUUCAGACACGACAAAAGGGUCAAGCUACAGAUCUGGGAUACCGCAGGUCAGGAAAGAUACAGGACGAUAACGACGGCCUACUACAGAGGCGCGAUGGGCUUCAUCCUAAUGUACGACAUCACGAACGAGGAGUCGUUCAAUUCGGUGCAGGACUGGGUCACACAGAUCAAAACUUAUUCGUGUGACAACGCUCAGGUUAUUCUGGUUGGCAACAAGUGCGACAUGGAGGACGAAAGGGUGAUAACUACCGAAAGGGGCAAGCAAUUGGCGGACCAAUUAGGCGUCCAAUUCUUUGAGACAUCGGCUAAAGAAAACAUCAACAUCAAGACGGUAUUCGAGCAGCUGGUGGACAUAAUAUGCGACAAGAUGAGCGAGUCCUUGGACAAUGAUCCGACCUUGCUGGCGGGUGGAAUGGGUCAGGCGAAGGGUCAACGACUCACCGAUCAGCCGACCAAUCCAACGGACGACAAUUGUAAUUGCUAAGAACAUUGACGCCCAUCUAAUUGCUUUGCAAGCAUAAUAAGAAGGAUAAGAAUUAGUAAGAAGAAAAACAAGAAGAAGGAGAUGAAGAUGAAGAUGAAGAUGAAGAUGAAGAUGAAGAAGGGAAAAGAUGAAGAAAUAUUAGAAGAAAAACGAGUGUAUGCCUGUAUAUGUAUGUGUGAACGUUUGUGCACGUGGUCUUGUGUGUAUGACGAGUGUGUAGCUAUGCGUGUGAGUGUGUAGCUAUGCGGGAAAAGAGCAAGUGAGAGAGAGAGAAAGAGAGGAGGGGGAAGGUCGAGUGAUAAACGCUGGCUCUAGAUCACUUUGUUCAUCGUUCCUUUGACCUAUGUUUCCGACCGUUCUUCGUUCUGCUCUUUUUCUUUCCUCCUUUCUCGAUCGAUAUAUUUAUAUAUGUGCACAUAAAUAAUGUAUAUGCACAGGGCGAACCGUGCUACUCCAUUUGACAAAGAUUGCUUCCCGUGUUGAUAAAACGAUCGUUGAGAAAUUUGGUAAAUUUCGAAUUAGAUAAACGCCGAGUCGUUGAGACCUAACCUAUCUUUUAUCAUUGCAUCGAUUUGGGUAUACUGUUCUUUGGGAUAAUUUGGAUCAAUCGCUUUGAUUUUGUCUCUAAUCCAUCCUUUGUUAUUACAACAAUUUAGGAAUUAAAAAUAUUGGAAAUUAAUUUUCGUAGAUUUGUUUAACAUUGAAUAUCGUACCGGAUAAUAACUUUGAAUUCAUUCCUUUUAAGUUCUUCACCCAUCUUUCUGUCAUUAAUCAAAUUUGGGAAUUUCGAUAUUUGAGGAUUACCCAAACUUGAAAUUUUCAACGUGCGAAGUUGCUCUUCACAAUAAUUUUAAUACCUAUGUUUUAGUUUCUAACCUAUCUUUUGCCAUUAGCUCAAUUUGGGAAUCUAAUUACUUGAGAAUUAUAACUUUAUGAUAUUUAAUAGUUUCAACAAUAUCUUGUAUAUUUUAAUGUUUCGUUCCUAAUUCAUAAAUUGUUUAUUAGUAACGAAUCACUUUUAAUCCCAGAACAAAGUAGAGAGAAGAUUUGAUCUCCACUGUGUUAAGGAUAGUUCCACUUCUUACCGUAAGAGACGCUGCUAUCCUUUCACGUAUUAUAGACCACUCCUUCUAGACUAAAAAAUCCAACAUUUUUCCUCGUUUCUUCUUAGAUAUUCGAUCAGAAGCUUGAUGAUCGAUUCACUGACGACUGUAGGAGCAAUUAGUCACGCGAUUCGCCCUGUAUACAUAUAUAAAUAUGUAUGAUGGUUGUAGCCUGAUUACGCGGAGGUGCCAUCGAGCUAAUCCGAGUCCGAUUACGAGCAGACGUUGCUGUGUUUUUCUUGGGUUCGACGGGGAAACUGUAAGAAAGGGCCAGACAUCGUUAAAAGCUCGAGCAAGGAGCAGAAUCGCGAUAUAUCUGACCUAUGUGACGAGGAAAUUUACAUUUCGUAUCUCCACGAUCUUGUACCCCUAACAGAUUUAAAUUUAGCGCCAUUUCCAGCGGCUCAAGGUGGGGAUACGUUCUUGUCACGCUAUUCAUUUCCAUCUUUUUCAUUGGAAUACGAAUUCGCUGAAUGAAAAUUUAUACAAAAUUGAUAUUCGUAAAUUGAAAAAGGAGAAAUAUUACUUCCUUUGGUUUCAAAAAUUGUUUUGAUUAGACAGAAAAUUCUGCUCGAUUCAUCGACGUGAGUAGGACAAUAACGAAAGAGCGAACCAUUUGAAGUGAAACGGAACGUGAGUGCAUCGAACCCAAAUUGAUCGAAAAAAUUCAUCCUAAGACUCGGUUUCACUGCAAAUGAGACAUUCCAAUGGCGGGUCGUUCGAACAAGCAGCCAUGUUUUCUCGAAAUAUUUCUCAGGGACAAACUGAUCUCACCCGCCAUUUUUCCAAUCUUCUUUUCACGGAUCAGUUUGUUUCUCUGAAGAUCACUGUAAUUCGUUUCGAUGGAGCAUAAAUUAUUAGAUAACGAUGAUCUUUGACGAUUUCACGCCCAGCUGGCUCGAUAACCAAGAAUUUUCGACGAAGAAGCGCCUUAAGUCCCUUUCACACUUGAAAAAUGUAAAAUGUUGAAAAUGAAGUUAUGACAUAUCUAUUGAAUGUGAGUCAGAUUGAAUUUUGUUGCAUUUGGGAUAGGAUAACAUAAUUUAACCGAUUUAUGGUUAAAAUUAUUUUUUCCAGGCGUGAAUGGGGCUUAACACAUUCGCUGCUAUUGACGCAUAUGGUGCGUCAACUUAAUUAUCUUCGAUUUUAGAAGAUUUUAAAAUCUUAUUUUAGAAGAUUAUUGUAUUAUAAUUAAUCGAUAAAAAUACAAGAUAGCAAACAGGAUAUCGAUUUUAAUUCUUGAAAAUUUUAUACUAAAAUCAUUUUUGUUUAAUUAAUGCAAUUGUACUCAUUCUUGUUAUUAAUUUCAAUACUAAUGACCUUUUCGUUUGAUAAUUAUAUUUCAUUAAAUUCUCAAUUUUCGCAUCUUUUCCCAAUUAUCGAAAAUCAGAAAAAAUAUAUUCUUACCAACAACAAUCGAAGAAUAUUUUUCAAUUAAUUUUUACACAGUCUAUGAAACAUCCGGAUCGUAAGAGGGUUAAUAAAUAGCAGCGAAUGUGUUAAUAGACACUUCUGGAUUCGUCAUGGCGCAAAUCGUCGAACAAAAAAUUGCAGUUCUGGUGAAUAGAAUUUGCAAAAAAAAAAAAAAAAAAAUAAGAGUUGAAAUAUAUCUGUAUGUGUUGUAUUCUCAAUGGCGUUUCCUUUCUUCUUAUAGAGGAACUCGAUUUUUUCUGGAGGCUGUUCUCCCUCGAACCUAUUAUUCUCGACGACGUCGAUCUGAUGCACAACUUUCAAAACUUUGAUCCUCGAAGGCUCGAUCGAAGCUCGGGCACCUGAGAUGAUGUUAAUAGAAUUGUUGCGACGGCUGAAGUACGGUGACGUGGACGCUCGACACACUUGUGGAUCGUGAAUAUUUUUCUUCUUUCCUUUUUUCUUUUUUCUUUUUUUUUCUUUUGGAAGAAUUUCUUCGAGAAAAAUUCGUAAAAGUCUCGUCUUCCAUUGGGAGGCUUUCAUUUUUCUUGAAGUUACAAGUUUGCCCACUGAGGUGGGAAAUUUUCAUAAAUUCGUGUGUGUCGGUGCAAGAAAAGUCGGAAAAUUCGAGAAUUUCUAACGUUGUGAGAAAACGUUCGUUCUCUAACAAGAUCGUGCUGUUUGGAUAAAGACAUUGAGGUGAAGAGUUUCCGAGAAAUAGCAGAAUUCGAGCAACAGUUGGAGGGUUGUGUAGUGACUGAAAAUUUAUUAAUAAUUAGAGGAUGAUUGAAUAAUUGGGAAAUUAGUAACUUAAAAAUUAGUGCACAAUUGGAAAUUUAUCAACAUUAGGGCAAUUGUUCGAUAAUUGGGAAAUUCUUGAAAAAUCGGACAAUUAUUGGAUAACUGAAAGACUAUUGAAUAAUUGGGAAUUACUUAAUAAUUGAAUGUUUAUAGAGCUCUAAAAAAUUAUUUAAUAGUUGAAAGAUUGUUAAUAAUUGGAGAUUUAUUAAAUAUUUGGAGAUUUAUCAACAAUUAAAAAAUUACGUAACACUUUAAAGUUCAUUAAUCAUUGGAAAGUUUAACCUAACAAUUCAAAAUCUCCUAAUAAUUAAUGGAUUACGAAACUGUGAGAUAAUUGUCCAAAAAUAUCUCCAAGAACACGUUAAUUUAUGUGCAAACAAAGAAUUAGAAAAUGUAAAAUUCUGUUGCUUCCUAAGAUUGCGUGACAAUAAAUGGAGGAAAAGUGCGGAUCAAUCCGGAGCAGAGGCUCCAUUAGGUGAAGCAUGUCGGCCAUUUUGAUUGGAGGUACGUGUUCGUCGAUGCCCCAUUUUUCGAAACGAUUUUUGAAAGUGAUAUAAGAGAUUCGAUACUGUCCUUAAAACGGUUUCGAGUAUUUUUUAUCGGCAUAGUAUUCGAGCGUGAGACAGGUCAGAUUGGAGGGAUUAAAAACGACCCGAUUUACUUCGAGGAACAACUAUCUAUACAGUGUCGUAUUUGUAUUACUUGAGCAAACGUCGAUACAUCAGAGUAAAUGUUUCUCAAAAAAUUCAUAACGAGGCAUUCGUUAAUUUUCUUCGUCGAACGAAGAUUGAUUUACUUUGAAGGACAAAGAUAUUGGCACAGAUCAGAUUUUCCUAUAAAAUUCUGUGUAAGUAUUAGGGCAUUUACUUGGUCAGGUUUAUUGAGAAAUUUUAACAAAUAUUUUUAGCGUUCUUAAUUUUGCAUCACGAUCAAAUAAGAAAUUUAUAAUGAACUAAAUGGAAAAUAAAAUUCGAUAUGUAAGUAUACUAGGUACUAGUAAGUGUCUUGAUACUUACGGCGGGAAGUUUAAAUCUGUAUAUCGGAACUUUCGAAUCUAAAGCAUAAAUAAUAAUUAAUAUAACAAUUUAUUAUCAUGAGGCAGUUGCACGAUGAGAAUAAAUGAUAAAAGCAUACCGAUGACUUGUUCUAAAUUCCAAUUAGUGAAAAAUCAAUACAUGAAAAUCGAAUAUCGAAAUUAGACCGACAUAUUGUAUUAUGGACAAAUUCAUCGAAUUCGCUAAAUUCUAAUUCAAUUAAUAUUAUUUUCAAAAGAACCUGUAAACGUUGAAUAUUUUAUUAAAAUGUGGUUAUUUCUCUGCAAAGAAGAUUUGAAACUUCCCUAAGAAACUAAAUAAAAAAAAAAAAAAAGAAAUCACACAGAAUAUUACAUAACAACAUUGUCUGUGCCAAUGAAUAAAAUUGUUGUCGUCACUGUAAAUGUACAUUCCAAAUAAUAAUUGUUUUAGGAUUUUUUAAGCCUUGCAUAAAAUAUAAUUGACCACGAAUCGAUAGAGGAGCAACGCAAACAAGCGCAUCGAUAUUUGGCGUCAAUUAUCAUAAUAAAAUAAAAAAAAGCAUAAAGAAAAUAAUAAUAAUUAAAAAAAAAGAAAAUAGCGUCCAAUCGAUUACUUCAGUCGUUGCUCGGCGUUUACAAACCUACUAGGCAAGCUGCCCUCUGUACAUAAAGAAAUAUAUAUAUAAAAAAAUACCUAUUAUAUAUUAUAUAUAUAAAUAUAUAUAAAUAUAUAUAUAUAUUAUUGAAUCUGUAAUGAAGUGUACUGUAAGCGUUACUUAUUCGUGUCAACUCAAGAUACGACUCAAGAAGAAGUCGCGGAGAAAAUGCAGCCUGCGCCACCGUGUAAUCGAGAAUUAAAGAAAACUAUACAAAGAAAAAAAGGGGUAAAAAAAGAGAAAAAAAAAUUGAGAAAAAAAACAGGAGAAAAAAUCUAUCGAUCGAAGAAUUGUACGAUUGUAUCGAUCAGAUCGGAGAAAAAUAAAACUGUGCUGUUAACGUGGAGGUGUUAUGAUCGACGGAA